AUCCGACCGACCGACCGGAGGUUCGAUCGGUAUCAGCGAAUAGUUUCUUCUAUAAAACCUGCGUGUACCGGUGAACGGAAAGCUCCGCGGGGAUGGAGGACCACAUUAACGGGAGCCCUGGCUCUGGGACCAGUCACGGACCAGCUCAGUGAGGAGCAACAUGGCCACACAGCCGAGUCCGUCGUCCGUCCUCAGGGAGUUCUGCCCGCUCUACUAUCUGCUCAACGCCAUCCCAGCCAAGGUGCAGCGAGGCUUCAGGUCAGUCCUGGUCUACCUGACGGCUCUGGACAGCAGCAGUGACUUUGUGGCGGUGGGCAGCAGCAUCGGGAUGCUCUACCUGUACUGUCGCCGCCUGGCCACCAUGAACAAGUACAGCCUGGAGGGGAAGUUUGAUCCAAUCACUGCUGUCAAGCUGCUCAGCUGUUUUGAUGACCUGGUUGCCGUGGGAACAGCUUCAGGUCGCGUUGCUGUCUUCCAGCUCGUGUCUCCACUUCCUGGCCGCAACAAACAGCUGAGGCGCUUCGACGUGGUCGGCCUCCAUAAGGGCUCAGUGACGUCUUUGGCCUGGAGCACCAAUGGGAUGAAGCUUUUUUCUGGAGACGAUAAAGGACGGGUGGUGUUUUCUGCUCUGGACCUGGACCAGGGGGUGUGUAAACCUGAGCUGCUCCUGGAGGAGAGCUCAGCUGUGGUCCAGGUGGAGUACAGCCACCAGGUGCUGCUGGUGUCCACGCAACAGAGGUCUCUGCUUUACUGCACCCAGAGACGGGAAGUCCUGCAGCUGGGCACCAAGCCCCGCAAGAGCAGUGGCCGGUUCGGAGCCUGCUUCCUGCCAGCUCUUUGUAAACAGAGCGAUCUCCAGGUGUUUGCAGCUCGACCUGGACUCAGACUGUGGAGGGCUGACGUCAGAGGACAAGUGGAAGACACCAGGCUCCUCAAACCACUGUUCAACACACAGAUACCUCAGUUUGACUUGUUUCCUCGUCCCUGUCCAAUCGGAGCGUACCGUCCAGCAGAGAGACAGCUUGGUCUCCUCAGCUGUUUCCUCAGAGACGGCUGGAUUCUGAGUUGGAACGAGUACAGUAUCUACGUCCUGGACUGUUUCAAUGAGGUGGUGGUUGGAGCGUUGGAGAGCAGCGGGGACAUCGUGUCUGUGUCGUGUUGUGACAACGAGAUCUUUGUCCUCAAAGGAGACAGAGACAUCAUCCGUCUGUCCAACAGCCCUGAAGGAAUGUCCUCAAACUUGUCCGACCUCUCCGUCCGCUUGUCUUCACCUUUGACCACGCCCACCAUCCACCAACCAACCGGAGCAGUGGAAACGGCUCAGCCAAUCAGAACCAUGGCCAUCAUUGUGGAGGGAGGGGGCAGGGAGGAGGGUGGAGGAGGAGGGAGGGUUUGUGAAGAGGAGGUGGAGGAGGAGGAGGAGGUGGAGGAGGCCGAAGAGCAGGAGGUGAUGGGGCUGGGACAGAGGUCCACUCGGAGUCGCAGCAGCUCCCUCAACUCUUGGGACAGUCUCCCUGGAAAUGGUCCCGGCGGCUCCAGGCGCUACAGCGCCCCCCUGGGUCAGGAGGAGAUGCAGCAGGAGCUGGUGGUGAAGGCCAUCAGGGUGAAGAAGAGGAGACGGAGACGACAAGACAGCAGCAAUGGGACCCAUCUCUCUGAGAGCAGCUGUUCCGACUCCAUGUUUGUAGUCCAAGAUGGCAGCUGUAGUGACGGAGGGAGCGGGACACCUCUGAGCGACCAGGCCUCCCUCAUGGGUCUGGACCUUCACGUCCAGGACUCUCCGGACCAGAACCAGAACUCCCAGGAGCCAGACCUGGACUCCUUGUCCAAACACUCUGGCUCCUUCCUCCCUCCAGACUCUCUGCUCCUCCAGGAGAAUCGUCUGAAGCCAGAGAAGGAGGUCGUCCCUCCAACCCCGGACGUAGAUCUGCUGCUGGAGUGCACCUUCUCCUACAUGCACAACUCUGAGGAGGACGGAGGGACGGAAGAGGACGGAGGGACGGAGUUCCUGAGUCCUCUGAUAGCUCCAGGCGAUGAGGAGGAGAAGGAGGAGGAGGAGCUGGCGCCCCCUGCAGGGCUGGAGGACCAGAUGUUUUACUCCACCAUGUCCAGUCUGGACAGGAAGCCCAGUCUGUCCAGUGAUGAGGAAGGAGACAUCUACUGCAACACUCUGCCUCCUGCUGGCUCCAGAGGGGAUGUUCACACCUGUCUGUCCCCUCAGACAGAGAAGACAACAGGAGGACAGGCUGACCAGGAAAGAGACAGACAGAAGCCUAACCAGUUGGCAGAGAGCUGGAUGGGGUACUCUGGACCAGGAUGUGGAAUACUGAGCCUGCAGGUGACUGACAGGUAUGUGUGGUGUCUGGAUUUUAAAGGAGGACUGUUCUGCAGUGUUUUACCUGAAACUGGACUCAACUGGCAGCGCUUUGAAGACAACGUCCACCAGGUGGCGUUGUCACCUUCAGGUAACCUGCUGUGGAAGGUGGAGCAGAAGAGCAUGACGGCGUUUGCUUGUGCUAAAGUGUCGGUGAAAGGAAAACGUCACUGGUACAAAGCUGUGGAGCAAACGGCCUUCGUUGCCCUGAGCGACGACUCCGCCUGGAUCAUCAGGACCAACGGAGACCUGUACCUGCAGACAGGUCUGAGCAUGGAGCGCCCCUGUGCUCGCUCGGUGAAGGUAGAAACCCCGUGCGUGUUCAGCCAGGUGUGUGUGAGAGCAGGUGUAGUUUGGGCUCUGAGCGAACACAAGGCUCUGUUCUACAGAGAAGGACUGAACAGCUUCUGCAGCGAAGGAGACGGCUGGAAGUACGACACCGUCAGUGAAGCUCAGGGUCUGGAGCUGAUGUGCGUUGCCCUGGGGGAUGGAGGGACGGCCUGGGCCCUGGACGCCAGCGGCAGCCUCUGGUUUCGAACCGGCAUCUGUUCCUCCAAACCACAGGGCCACGACGACCACUGGUGGCAGAUCAGUAUUUCGGACUACGUGGUGUUCGACCAGGGCAGUCUGUUCCAGACUCUGCUUCAGGCCACUCAGAGCGUUGCUACGGUGACCAGGGCGCCCGUGGAGCGGGUGGUGGCCUUCCUGUCCCAGUACUCCCAGUGCCAGCCCAGUCUGGUCAGCGCCAACGCCAGCGGGGUCUGGGUGGCCUCAGGACGGAACCAACUGCACCUGGCCCGCGGCAGCCUCGUGGGAACUUUCUGGCAGAACGUGGUCCCCAGAGGAACCGUCUCAGCCACCAGAUGGACCUUCAUCACGUCCUCGGCGGUGCCUCACAGAGAAGGUACGUUCCUGUGGUUGGCCCAGACCAGGAAGGACCUGUUCUGUGUCUGGGACCAGGAUGGAGAGCUCCGCCCCUCCUCUGUCCUUCUGCCACCGGAGGUGGAGCUGUCUCACCUGUCCGCCUGCCGUGAUGCUCUGUGGGGUUUGGACACUCACGGACGAGUCGUCAUCCGGACGCUGUCUCCGUCUUGUCCUUCUGGACUGAACUGGACACCCCUGGACCUGAGCCAGCUGGGAAGUGUUCGUCUGGUCAGUGUGAGCUGUGGCAGUCAGAACGUCUGGGCCGUGGACAGCCGAGGAGUCGUUUACUUCAGAGUCGGAACUCAACCGCUGAACCCGAGCAUGAUGCUGCCGGCCUGGAUCCACAUAGAACCACCUGUACAGCCAAUAGGAGUGCAGCUGGUCAGUAUUCAGACGAGUCCUAACGACCGUCUCCUCUGGGCGUUGGACAACAGAGGAAGUGUCUUCGUCAGGACCGGACUCAGUGAUGAGAUGCCCGUUGGGACGGACUGGGAAUUAGUACCAGGUCUGGCUGUCAGUCAACUGGUCCUGAGCUGUCGGACCGUCUGGGUUCGUUGUGUAAACGGAGACUUGGCUCGACGUUACGGCGUCUCUGAGAGAAACGCUGCCGGAGACUAUUGGAAGAAGAUCCCUGGGAACGCCAACUGGUUUACUGUUACGCCAGAGGACGAGUUGUGGGCGGUGACUCCUGUUGGUGGACUGUCCCGUCGACUGACUAAGCUCCUCCCACAGGCUCCCAGUAGACCCGCCCCCUCAGGGCCCGCCCUUGGAGGGGAGGAGGAUGAAGAAUGGGAACUCAUCUGACAUCACUCUGUCGCCUGAUUGGUCAGAUCUGGACUCACCUGAGAGGAUGCUGUGAUGUCACAGUGACAACACUUCCUGUUUACUAACUUCAGACAGGAAGUGGGCUGAGUGAUGUCACAGCUGAGGCGACACUAAGUGGACAGGUGACUCAUGAGGAGCCCAGGUGGCUGCUGGGAAAUGGACUUUUAUUAGUUUUAUUGCUGUUGUCACAGGAAGCACUUUAACCCGGACUGAGACUGGUUCUGCUGAUCCAGGACUGGUCCACCAGUCAGAACUAAUCAGAGGAGACUCGCUCCACCUGGUUCUGAUUGGUUCUGACUGCGGACCAGCUUCAAACUAACUGGGAUGUUAAAGGGACAGACCACUUUCUUCUUCUGUGGUGUUUCUUCUUCUGUGAGUUUUAAUGUUCCUGAGGAGACUCUGGGACCAAACCGGACUGAAAAUGAUCCGACAGAACCGACGCUAACCGCUUGUCUGUAGCUUGGUUACCAUUGAAACACACAAGGAGCUUCGGCCCCUGGACCUGAGGCAUGAACAUGUGUAAAAUAUCAAAUCUAUCAAACACAAGAGAUCCUUCUGAACAAGACCUGGACCUGGUGGACCUGAUGUUUGGUUGGUGAUUUGGAUUGAUGGACGGAUGGAUGGAUGGAUGAUGGAUGGAUGGAUGGAUGGAUGGAUGGAUGGAUUGUUGAUUGAUGGUUAAUU